AUGAAGCGUCCAGAUUGCCCCUCAAGUUCCCACCUAUCGAGUACCACACCAAAUGCCGGUAGAACUUGGGAGGAGAUCGUGGCUGACAAGCAGCGGACUGAUGCUGCAAAAAUACCCCCAGAAUGGGUCCUGCCGCCGGCGGUAGUGGCAGGGGCUGAGGCCAGGCGAAGCCUCGUCGGUGCCUUCAUCGAGGGGCUUCUUGAUGCAGAAACGUGCCGGAUUACCGAUAUGGAUGUUCCUGAUCUCGUUGGGCUGAUGGAAUCGGGGGCUUUCACAGCUGUCCAGGUGACGACGGCGUUCUGCAGGCGUGCGGCAGUCGUCCACCAGCUUACGCGGAACAUGCUUGAGAUCGGUUUCAACAAUGCGCUUAAACGAGCCGCAGAGCUAGACGACUACUUUCGUGCACACAACAAGCUCAUCGGCCCCUUGCACGGAAUCCCCUUCACCCUGAAGGACCAGUUCCACAUCAAGGGCCUCGAGACUUGCAUGGCCUUUGUAGGGUGGAUAGGCACUUUCGAGGGCAACAAGGGAACAGGAAAGGAGCGGGAAUUCGAGAGCGAAAUCAUCAAAGAAUUCCAUCGACUCGGGGCGAUACCGAUUGGAAAGGCGAGUUGCUCUCCCGAAACGAGUAACAACAUCCUUGGUUAUCUCUGGAGCCCGCACAAUCAGCAGCUGUCAUCUGGCGGAUCUUCGGGAGGGGAGGCUGUCAUGCAGGCACUGAAGGGUAGUGCAUUUGGCGUCGGGACGGACAUUGGGGGUUCUGUUUCCAUGCCUGCAUCCUUCAACGGCGUUUUCAGUCUGAAGCCGUCUUCCGGCCGUAUCUCUAUGAAGGACGUGGCUAACACGGGUCCCGGCCAACAAAUCAUGCCGACAGUUGCAGGUAUCAUGGGCCGAUCAGUCACCACACUUCGGCUCGUCUUGAAGUCUCUGCUUUCCACCGAGCCCUGGCUCCAGGAUCCCUACGUCGUACCACUGCCGUGGAGAGAGCUUGAAGACUGUUGCCCCGGAAAGGGCUUAGCCAAGUCAAAACCAACAUUUGGGUUCAUGGAGAAUGACGGCAUUGUGAUUCCCCACCCGCCAGUACAGCGAGCUCUUGGCUUAGUGAAGCGCGCCCUGCAAGAGGCUGGAUACGAGACGAUCGACUGGGGCCCGCCAUCAAACCUAGAAAGCCUCCAGAUCCAUGGCCACAUCGCCCGUGGAGACGGAUGUCCGGACGUGUGGAGGGCGCUGCAGCUGUCGGGUGAGCCCGAGGUGCCUCAGAUCAGCGGUUUGUUCGAGCCCGAUGGCCCGCGGGAUCCCAUGUCAUUGCCCGAAUACCAAGACGUCGUAGUCCACAUGCGCGACUAUCGGAACCGGUACCAAGAGUACUGGAUGUCGACAGCUGGGCUAACAAAAACCGGCCGUCCCGUCGACGUGUUCAUAUCGCCCGUUACUGCGACAGCCGGGCUUCUGCCAGAGAAAUUCUUCCAUGCCGAAUACACCAACUCGACAAACGUACUGGAUUUUCCCACUGUCGUGAUCCCAGUUACCUUUGUUGACAAGGACAUUGAUGUUGGCGAUCCGAACUUCAAGCCCAUUACCGAGACAGAUGCGAUAAACAUGGCUGCGUAUGACGCAUCGGCGUACCACGGAGCGCCAGCCGCUGUGCAAGUCGUUGGGAGACGACUGAGCGAGGAAAAGGUACUCGCCAUGGCCGAACUGGUGGUUGAAGCUUUGAGCUUGUGCAAAGCCAAGGGCCAUGGGCCGUCAUCGGUGGGAUGA